CCGCAGCGCGGCUUGUUGUGGGGCCUCCCCGUUCUCACGCUCAGCCGGCAGUCCACGGGCGAUGGAGAACAUGUCCUGAGAGCGCCUACAGGUUGUAAAAUCUGCAGAGAGAGCUGGCCUACGAUGGAAGCAAUGUCAAGUGAUGUUGCUGGAAUGCUACGGGCGCCAGUACUUUGCGUUGUCUUAACAAAAUGGAUUUUACCAAAUCUUUUUUUGCACUGAAGUCAGAGCAGAGGAAGCCUCAACAUGAAUCCCCACUUCCCAGCUCCAAAGGCAAGAGGUGAUAGUUAUCUGAGCAUAAAGGACUCUAAAUCCCUUGACACUUACAUUCAGAAUGCGCUCUCUGCGUUGUACCCACCCUUUGAGGCCACAGCUGCCACUGUCCUCUGGCAGCUCUUCAACAUAGUGGAAAAGCUGUAUCAAGGAGAUGGCCUCAGAUGCCUGAUUGACUUCCUUGUUCCUGCUAAGAGAGCCUUACAGUGCAUUCAGCGAGAAACAUGUGCUAAAUACGCUGGCCUCAUCUUCUAUCAUGAAGGCUGGCCAUUGUGCAUCCAUGAAAAAGUGGUGAUACAGUUAGCAUCUCUCCACAGAGUUCGGCUGAAACCAGGGGAUUUUUACUUGCAAGUAGUACCUACAGGGAAGCAGCUGGCAAAGUUAGUUUUAAAAUGCCUCUCCAGAUGUGGGCAAGGAAUGGAAGAAGUUGCUAUACCUGAAACAAUGUAUGACUGCAUUUUUACGGAGACAUUUUUGGAAAACUUAAAUUGUGAAAGAGAGAAUUUUCCCCUGAAGAGCUGCUUACUGACAACUGGCACAGCUGUAUAUAGAACUCCAUGGAAGAACAUAAUUAAUCCCAUCUUUGUUCCCACAACUGAAACCAUCCUGUGUAAUUACUCUAGUAAUCUCUUAGAUCAGCUGAUUAGUAAUCAUACUGAUGUUAGAGCCCUGACCCAGACAAUGGAAAGCAACAGCUCGUGUGACAGCUCCACUUCGAAUGAUACAGGCUCCACUGUGAUAGAAGCCUCUGGGACAAAGUGCCACAGUAGCCUCGACAGUGCUGUGCUGAGUUCAGCUCCUGCCUCAGAAAGCAGCCUUGCCGUAGAGUGCUGUAAGGCUCCUGAUGAGAAGAUCAAAGAUGACUCUGCCUGUCUUAGUGUAUGCUCAGAGGCUUGGUCCAGCAUGAAAGACAGAGCUGCCGGGCCUGAAAAGGACCUUGUUAAUUUAAAAGAUGAGGCAUUAUUGCCCCUUGUGGAAAAAAAGAGUUACACGAAAAGCAUAACUUUCAAUAGGGAUUUGAGCAGGUCGUGUUCAACAGAGCAAGAACGCAGGGAUUCUUCGUUUUUUGAGGCAAGACGUUUAUUUAGAAAGUCAUACAUAGAAGCACUGCAGAAUCCCAUGAAUGUCAGUUUUAGCUCAGAGGAGUCAUUUGCAGAAGAGGAGAUUUCAGAUCACCUGGUAGACUCAUGUGCUGUAAAUGAAGGCAAAACUCAUGAGAAACAGGCUGAAAAGCGAGACUUCCUUUCUGGUAGACUCAUACCAAAGGAUGAAAUGAAAGAAGGCACAAACCUUGCUGGUUCUCCUCUGGCUUUUAAAAAACUGCUUGUAUCACCUGAAACUCUGUCAACAGUAGACUGCAAGGCUGGCCCAAGACACUCUGGGUCUCUGGACAGGGCACGCAGAGGUCCUCAUGUUGCAGAUCAGAGACCUGAUAAGUUCUUGCACGAUGUGUCAGGUGGAAACCCUAAAAAGUUGUUAAAUGGUUGUGUUUCAAGGCCAGGAAAAUUGGAUUCUGUGUCAUUUUCCACUACUGUGAGAAGCCACAAACAUAGCAAAGGGGAGGAAGGCUUUUAUCAGCAGUUGACAGCAAUCAAUUCAAAAAACAGUUUCCAGAGAGGUGAGGAUAGCAUAGCUGUAUAUGGAUCUCCUAUUCUGUUCCAUCGUGAACAUGACCUACUCUCUGCAAAUACUAGAACCCUUUGCGACAGACUACCAAAACAGUUACUUGAGAUAAAUCAAGAGUUACUGCAGUCUGGAGUCAUUUCUCUUUGUGGAAACAGAGACAGAAGUGGCAGAGCAGUAAUACAAGUCUGCACAAGACAUGCCAUCUGGUUAAAUGAACAUUGCACAAGUACAACAGUUGCUCAUCUUCUGAUGUAUCUCUUCAGCAUCCCCAGGAAGGAGGUACGUGGUUUGGGAGUUGUUAUUCUAGUGGAUGCAAGGAAGUGUCAGCCUAAUCCUUCUCUUUUCAAAGCAUUAACAGGAAUGCAGAAUGUAAUUCCUCAUUCAAUUCACAGCGUCCUGGUAUUGACUGAUAAGGAGUAUUCUUUUAGACCUGAUCGGGACAUAACAAUUCAGUAUGAAAUUCUUACAUCACUGAAGACUCUGAAUAAGCUCAUUGACCACACACAGUUGACUGCAGAAUUUGAUGGAACAUUUCACUAUAACCACAGUGACUGGAUAUGUUUCCGAAGGAAACUGGAACCCUUUAUUGCAAACUGCAAAGAGGCCAUUGUCUUUCUGCAAAACGCAGUCAGCUCACUGACAGCCAACAGAACUCUGAACACCGUGCAAGACGUGUGUGAUUUAAUCAGUAAACACAAGACAAUGAUGAAGCUUGUUUUGGAAGAUGCCUUGUUAGUAACACUAAGACUAGAAGGUGGAACAGUCCUUGCAAGACUUAGGAAGGAGAUCUACCACACAGAAGACUAUCAAGAUGCUAUGGAGAUUGUAACAAGACUUUAUAAUCAAGUGGAUGAGGAAGUCCAUAGGCUGGUACUCUUAUCUAAUAAAUGCCUCCAGCAGCUGGAGACUCUUGGGGAAGCAAGAAAAUUUGAAGAAGGCUGUGACCAGAUAAAACAGUGGUUUGAAAAUGAGCGAGAGAAAUAUCUUGGCUGUUUAGAUCAAGAGGGACUUUCACUGGAAAAGGUGAGGAAGCUGCAAGAAGAUUUCCAAGGUUUUAUUGAUAAGAUGAAGCAAUAUUAUCAGAAAGGACUGCAGCUGGUGCAAGAAAAUCAUUCGUUAAACAUGGAAGAAAAAGUUCAGAUCUUCAAGAAAUAUCUGAGUAAUAUUUUCAUUCAGACAGAGAAGAGGAAGACUGAGCUGACAAAGCUGGUCAAUUUGUAUGAGUUUUAUGAGAUGGCACAAGAGUGGAUGUUACAUUGCAAUGAGUGUCUUUCACAUUUAACUGCGGAGGCCAGAUACUCUCCUUCUGCGAUUCAGUGUCUGGAAACCUAUCAUCUGGAAGGUACAAAAGUUUCUGCAGAAAACUUUAAAAAAAUGAAUGAGAUGGUUUUGGCUCUGGGUAACAAACAACAACUAAAGCAAUGGCAUGUUUUGUCGCUAAAAUGUCAGCAAACAAGGCAUCAUUUAGCAGAAGUUCUGUCUGAAGCCCUCAAAGAUUCCAGUAGGGAGUAUUUUCACAAAGUUCUCAAGGAACCUGCUAUGAAGAUAAAUGAUGGGUUUGAUGUUGGAGGUAGGAAGCCAUUAAGCCAGUCCCCUAGUUAUUCCUCUUCUGACAAUGUUGACAAUAUUUGGGUGGACAAAAUUAAGCCUGUACAUAAGACUCAGCCAUUAGAAGCAUCAUCUUUUUUAGGCCUUGGGACUGUAAACCAAAACGUGGAAGCAACCAUGGAAAUUUCUGCAUCUCCACUACAGUGGCUUGCUCCAUUUCCAGGUGAACUUGAAAAGAGAAACUGGAAUUCAGAGGACAUAGAGAGCAUUUCCAGUACAUGCUCUGCUUCGUUCUGUUCUGAGCCGAUCCACUCACCACCUACCUACCACAGAAAACAACCACACAAAAAGAUCAUGAAGAAAACACAAAACUUUGAACUUAGUCAGCAUGAAGGCAACAACCCUGAAUUUCACCACCAUGGGUAUCCAGGAGUGCAUAUCAAAGGACUUGAGGUAGCCAGUAAUAAUGCUAAUGAAAAAAAAUACAUGCAAUGUUUGAAUAGUAGAAGUCCUUUAAUAAGUAGAAACCGAAGUUUAUCCUCCCCCUCAAGGAUCCAUCAUAUGGAAGAAGAGGAUAGGAAAAGAGGUGGAAGCAAUAAAGUACAACAUAUAAUGGAUGAGAUGAUCGCAACAGAAAGGGAGUAUGUUAGAUCAUUAGGAUAUAUCAUCAACAACUAUUUUCCAGAAAUGGAGAGAAUUGACUUACCUCAGGAUUUGCGCGGGAAGAGGAACACUAUCUUUGGGAACCUGGAGAAGCUCUAUGAUUUCCAUUGCCAAUACUUCCUAAAAGAGCUGGAGCGCUGCCGAGAUUUUCCACUGUGUGUCAGCCAUUGCUUUCUCAAACAUGAGGAACAAUUUGGCAUGUAUGCUUUAUAUAGCAAGAACAAACCUCAGUCAGAUGCCUUGCUAACCAGCCAUGGAAAUGCAUUCUUUAAAAACAAGCAACGGAAUCUGGGUGAUAAGAUGGAUUUGGCCUCCUAUUUACUGAAGCCCAUUCAAAGAAUGAGCAAGUAUGCACUUCUACUGAAGGACAUGAUUAAGGAGUGUACAAAGACCCAGGAGCAGGAACUCAGUGACCUGAGGGCUGCUGAGGAGAUGGUGAAAUUCCAGCUGCGCCAUGGAAAUGACCUGCUUGCUAUGGAUGCCAUUCAAGGAUGUGAUGUCAAUUUGAAAGAGCAAGGGCAACUGCGAUGUCAGGAUGAGUUUAUUGUUUGCUGUGGAAGGAAGAAAUAUUUGAGGCAUGUCUUCCUCUUUGAAGAUCUCAUCUUAUUUAGCAAGACAAAAAAGAUUGAUGGGGGAUAUGACAUCUAUAUGUACAAACAGUCAUUCAAGACUGCUGAAAUUGGAAUGACAGAAAAUGUUGGAGAUAGUGGUCUGAGGUUUGAAAUUUGGUUUCGAAGGAGAAGAAGAUCCCAGGAUACAUAUAUCCUUCAAGCAAACUCAGCAGAAAUUAAAACUGCAUGGACUGAUAUCAUAGGAAAGAUUCUUUGGAGACAGGCUAUGAGGAAUCGAGAACUGCGAAUACAAGAGAUGGUAUCCAUGGGAAUAGGCAAUAAACCUUUCAUGGAUAUCAAACCCAGCGAAGCAGCUAUAAGCAACCGAGCAAUUGACUACCUCAUGAAGGGAACAGAAUCAAGAUCUCGAGCAUCAAUAGCAGUAUCCUCAUUUGACCAUUCCACACCAUUCAAGAGACCACAUUCUACUAUCUCUAGUAGCAGCACAUCAUCUUCCGGCAGCCAGUCAUCUUCAUCUAUUCUAGGUUCGCUGAACCUGCAUGUCUGCUCCAGCCAAUCUCAUUCAGGCUUGCUUGGGCUACCCUUCUACCACUGGUCAUAUGAUGUUAGAAACUGCAUUGAGGAAGAUGAACUGGAGCAGGAAACGGGAAGCCAGCCUUCAAUGAUCACAGAGAGUUCAGAAUCAUCUCAGUGCACCUCAGGUGAAAGUCUGAGUGGUUUUAGUACUUCUGCCCAUUCUGAGUCCCAUCUUCCUACAGAGACGUUUUUGGAUGAAGGUAUUUCAAGUGCUAUUUCCAAAUAUUCCUCACAGUGCAUGUCUCCUGUUCUUCCUGAGAAGAAUUCCAGAUCAAAGCACAACAGCCAGUAUGUUACAGCUCUCUGAUUCCUAUGACAGUGAAGACUUUCUUUCAAGUGGUGCUGACCCUGCUUUUCCAGAUAAUCCCACCGCUGCUUUGCUUUGAAAAAGCCCUGCCAAACUUCAUAGAUUUAAUUAUUUUGAAGUGAGUCCAUUAUGGAAUAUUUUAUCAACAGCAAAAGAAAAAUCCUAAAUAGUUUUAAAUGGCCAUUCUGAGGAAGCUUUUUUCUUUUUUCUUUUUUUUUUUUUUUUUUUAACAGUCUCAUUUUGCCUUCAAAUAGAUGAAAGGCAUCACUGAUUUCAGUUAAAUAAUUGUAAGAAGAAAGAUUUGUCUAGGUGUUAAGCAUUUUUCCUCUGUUUUAACCUGCGGUUCAUAUAUAGCAGAUGAUGGUGUAGAUGUUGCUAUAUUUUGUGCAAUUUUGUAAAUGUUGAAAACAGCAUUAAAUAACUGAUUCCUGUAUAAAAAGAAAAACGCACAAACUGCUUGAAAUGUUUGUAAAUAUAGAUUGCCUUUCAAAAUUUAAAUGGCCAGUUAUUAAGAUAUAUGCACAAUUUAUAAUCUACUUACCUAGUGUCUUCUAAUUGUUCUAAAAGUUCAAGAUGUACUGCUAUAAUGUAACCUGGAUUGUUAUUAGAGUAAGGAAGCGUUUUUAGAGGUAAAAAAAAUGAAAUAAAUGUAACCAUUUUAUAUAUGAAAACAUUAUUGCUUAUUUGCAUGGGAAGA